CCCUCAAUUUUGAUUCCACACCCACUUCCAAGUUCCAAAUAUGGCCGAUUACUAUCAGCAGCAGCAGCCGCCGCCUGAAAUUGUUGAUUAUGGCCGCCUCACCGACGACUUCCGGAGCAUGCUCCCUCAGAAGGGCUCCUCCACUUCCACCUCCACCUCCCAUCUCGUCGCCGUUUUGACCCUCCUCCCCGUCGGCGCCUCCCUGCUUUUCCUCGCCGGAAUCUCCUUCGCCGCCACCGUCGUCGGCUUGGCUCUAGCCGCUCCGCUCUUGGUCAUUUUCAGCCCCAUUUUGGUCCCCGCCGCCUUGGUCAUCGCCUUCGCCGUCGCCGGCUUUCUCACAUCCGGUGCUUUCGGCGUCACGGCCCUCUCCGCGCUCUCCUGGAUGGCCCAGAAUCUCCGCAAAUCGAGUGUCCCCGGCCAGCUCGAGCAGGCCAAGCGCUGGGCCUGGGAAACUGCGGGCCAGGCGGCCCAGACGGCCAAGGAUGCGGGCCAAGCCAUUCAAAGCAAGGUCCAGGACGGGCCGGUUGGAGAAGAUGUGGGCCGAACCCAGGAAGAGGGAAAGACCGAAGAACGGCAGCAGGCCCAGGAAGGUGAAAGAGCCCAAGAGCAAGGCCGUCCUAGAGAAGAAGAGGCCCAAGAAGGUGGGAAAGCCCGAGAAGGUGGAAAAAGCCGAGGAGGGAGGAAAUGACGAAGUUAGCCCCAUUGAACCACUGAUGGGCCUAGAACCGAUGAAAUUCGCGUAUCUUAUGUAAAUAAUUCUCGAAGCCUAAGUUCCUCCUCCAGCAGAGACAAUGUCCAUGUGGCGUGUGGCUGUUUCCCCAAUCAAAUUAAAAAAAAAAAAAAGGGGGGGGAAUAAAAGAGGGAAACAGAAUAGAUAUUAGGAUAUAAUUCCUUGUUAUCUGUACUGUAUGUUAUCUUAUCUUCCACGAAUAAAAGUAUUGUUUCUUCUACGCA